AUGAAGGAUGAAUAUAAUAUUAAAUUCACUGCUCAAGAUUUAUAUGACAAGAAGGCUGACAAAACAGAGCUUCAAACAUUAAAGACUGAAAUACUUCAAACAUUAUAUCCUGCAGGCUCUAUUUAUACGUCAAUGAACUCAAUAAAUCCAGCAACAGUUCUGGGUUUCGGUACGUGGGAGCAGAUUGUAGAUAAAUUCUUAUACUGUGCGAACUCUUCAAAGCAAACAGGUGGUUCGAAGAAAAUUAAAGAAGCAAACCUUCCACCGCACACUCAUACAGGAACUACAAACACAACAGGUAGUCAUUCACAUUCAAUAACAAAAAGAGGUUAUACAAAUCUUGCAGCAGGUUCGGAUAGACAGGGAAUGCAUAGAUAUGAUAUUUCAAGUGACCCAGUAGAUUUAAGCACAGGUAUUUUCUGUGGAACCACAGGAAAUCAUUCACACACUUUCACAACAAAUCCAACAGGCUCGGGUGAAGAUUAUAUGCCACCAUUUGUGACUAUAUUCGCAUGGUACCGCGUUCAAUGA